GUCAACUCGGCAGGCCAGGGUCACUCCACUGCUGGAUGAACGGCUUCCUCCCUCGCCCCCCCUCCUCUCCACCGCAAGCGGCAAGCCACCACCGCCGUCUCUGCACGGCUCGUUCUCGCCACCCACCAUUCACGCCGUUGCCGCGAAGAUGAUCCCGGGCGGACUUCGCGACCGCCAUCUCGUCCUCGGCUCGGCCUGAUUCGGGCCGCCGAGCCUCCUCCCGGGCCCCUUGCCGCCCGUCCGGCGUCCGAACUCGCCUGGCGGCACCUCGCACGCCUGUCGAUUUCCCCCGGCGAGUCGUUUCGAGAGGACGAUCGCGCGCUUCGCACGAGCGCGGCGGCCGCAGCGGCAACGGCAACGGUCGAUGUCUGACUGACACGAGACGCCCUGGACCGCUUGGGUGCACGCUUGACGGUUUCGGCGGCGGCGGUCCGUCCCCAGUCGUCAUGGCGAGCUACGAUGAAGACAUCGCGAGGAAUCCGUUCUUCCUCGCGCUGCAGCGCAAGAGGCCGGAGCUGUUCCGCAAGGCGGCCGAGCUGCAUGCCGUGGUGCUGGUGCCUUGCCAGGGCAGUGUCCGCUCCGGGGCUCUGUCCUCCUGCCCGUUCGAGUCGUACAUUCUGCUCCCGUCCGCCGACGAGCAAACUCGCUACGUCUCUAUGGGUGGCCAGGCGGUGUCGCUGCGUGGGGGGGAGCUCUGUCUCACCGGGGGAGAGGGGCCCUCCGUGUCAGCCCGCGUGCUCUUCGAGGAGACCUUCUACACGGACCGCGAGGAGAGCCUCAGCCUCAUCUGCAUCUCCCGCCCGCUCGACGCGCUGCCGCCGCCCGCCCACCCAGACGCAGAAGGCUCCGGUGUCUCCAUGGCGACCGUUUCCCUCUCCACGUCCUGCCCAGGGGGAGCCUCCUCCGGCGCCGCGCUCCAGGCCCCCGCCUCGCUGGGCCCAGGCUCCAUGGACGAGUGCCGCGAGGUUCUGGCGUGGACCGAGUCGCCGGCCGGCGGUGGUGGUGGUGGUGCAGGAGGAGGCGGAUCGGCGACGGCGGCGACGACGACGGCGGCGCGGAGAGACGUGGACCGCCGCAUCGCGGUGUUCACCGCGUCGUUCCGCCAGCUGGAGGGGAGGAGCCUGCGGCACCACAUCGAUGCAGUCGGCGCUCUGUACAGCAAGUGUCUGCAGGUCGUGCUGAAGGACCCACAGCUGAAAUCGCUGGCGAGGCAGGAGGCCUCCCUCAAGCUCCUCAAGCAGGCGGUGGAGAUGUACGUUCUGAACGGAACCCACGACGCCAUCUUCAAGGCCAUCGGUACCAUGGAGGCCAGCCAGGACGCAGCCUUCAACAAACGCACACGGUCCCUGCAGGACCUGCAGCUCAAGGACCUCGACAUCACCUCUGACCUCAGCAUCAACAUCCCGCGCGCCAAGCGAGUGCUGGGCCAGCUGAACCGGUGCCGCACGUCGCAGGAGAAGCUGCUGUGUCUACGCAGCGCCGUGCACACGGUGCUACUCUCGCCCAGCCACAGAGUCAACGUCCAGGCGAUGACGACGGACGACCUGCUGCCAAUUCUCAUUUUCCUCGUCGUCAAAACCGAAAUCCCAAACUGGCGCGCGAACCUGAGCUACGUGAAGAACCUGCGCUUCAGCGGGGGUCUGGAGGACGAGCUGGGCUACUGCCUCACCUCGUUUGAGGCCGCGGUGGAGCACAUCCACGCGGGCAUCCUGACUCCCGGGGCGGGCGGCACCGGGUUGCCCGGGUCUCCGUGGAGUUCGCCCGGCGGUGCCAUCUCCCGCGCCCCGUCCGCCUGCGCCAUCGACCUCCUCUUCGAGUGCGUGGCGAGCGGCCGCGACGAGGAGGUGUCGCGACUGCUGACGAGCGGGGAAGGAGGCAGCGGGGCGGACGCGGCGCUGUGCCACCCGCUGUGCUCGUGCGACUCGUGCGAGAGGAUCGUGUCCGGGCGGCUGAACGACCCCUCGGUGGUGACGCCGUUUUCGCGCAACGACCAGGGCCUCACGCCGCUGCACGUGGCUGCUCAGCACGGGCGCCUCUCCCUGCUGGAGUUGCUGCUGGCUGCGGGUGCCGUGGUGAACACGGUGGACUAUCACGGCGCCUCGCCGCUCCACGCGGCCUGCUCACGGGGCCACCAGGCUGCCGCGCUGCUGCUUUUGGAUCGCAACGCCAACCCGUCGGCCGAGGACAUGAGCGGGAACACGCCUCUGCACCUGGCUUGCGGUGGGGGCCACGAGGCGUGCGUGAAGGCGCUGGUGUUCUUCAGUGCCCGGGGCCGCCACGUCGACCCCAGCGCUCAGAACGACCGCGGGGACUCGCCGCUGCACGUGGCGGCGCGCUGGGGCUACGAGCCCGUGGUGGCCACCCUGCUGGAGGCCGGCGCCGCGCCCGACCUGCAGAACCGCGCCGGCGAGACGGCGCUCACGUGCGCGCUCAACUCGCGGGUCAUGGCUCUGAUCCACAAUUCCAGUCCGCAUUCUGACGAGCCACCUGACAGCAGCAAGGCAUCCGAUAGGCCGUCGCCCUCAGCCAAUCGGAGCCCAGAUUGCAGCAGCAGCAGCCGGCGCUCAUCGACGCUGUCGGACGCGUCGUCGUCGCUGUCGUCGUCGGCGACGAUGCUGGAGACGCAAAGCGACGAUGAGAAGAGCAGGGUGCGUGAGGUGGAGCGCCUGCUCAAGGCCGUGGCCGACGGGGACCUCGUCAUGACGCGCUUCCUGCUGGGCUGGACAGACGACAGCGACGAGAGCGACACAGAGGCGUUCCCCCCGAUGUUUCAGCUGUGCCACCCGCUGUGUCAGUGCGCGACAUGCCAGCCUCAACAGAGGCGUGCCUCGCUGUUGUCGUCCUCGGGGCUCUCGGUGAACGCGAGCGACCGGGACGGCCUCACGCCGCUCCACGCGGCCUGCGCCAACGUCGGCGCCGCUGCCCAGCUCACGAGCGCGCUGCUGCGGCAUGGCGCCGACCCUGACGUCGGCACGCACCGCAACGGCCACACCCCGCUGCACACCGCGGCCCGGCUAGGCCUGGCGCAGGUGGCCGACAUCCUCCUGGAGCACGGGGCAAAGGUCAACAAGCGCGACCGCGACGGGAACACCCCGCUCCACCUGGCGUGCGUCGCCCCUUCAGCUCUCACUGUGCUGCUCCUCGUACAGCACGGUGCCAGCGCGUGCCUGGUGAACCGGCGUGGGGAUUCGGCGCUGCACGAGGCGGCGCGCGCGGGCAGCGCCGAUGCCGUGCGGGCGCUGCUCUACGCCGGCGCCAGCGCCGCCGUCAAGAACCGCCAGCAGCGGAUACCGGCGCAGCUCGCAGUGGAGCAGGAGGUGCUGGAGCUACUGGAGAGAGCGGAGGCGGAGGAGAGGGGGUCCGAGGUGGACGGCCGUGAGGGUGGGGGGCCCCGCGCCCCGCCGGGGGUUGGGCACGGCGCCGCUGUUGGCGCCCGGCGCCACCGCAGCGUGAGGAGCCUGUUCGAGGCGGUGGAUGAGGACGACUACGACGCGGAGAGGACUCGCCUCUCGCUCGCCAGCGCCUCCUUUGACAACUCCAAGCACCCACGGCGGUCGCCCGCCCCCGCCGACCCCCAGGACGUCCCGUCGGCCGACGGCUGCCCCGCGUCCGCCGCUCCGACGGAGAGACCCGCCGAGCCCGGGCGGGACGGAGGUGACCCACCGCCGUCGUCACCGCCGUCGUCACCGCCGUCGUCACCGCCAUCGUCGUCGCCGCCGCCAUCGCCGUCCUCUCUCGGCGGGCCGUCCGCGCACGUGGACGGCGUCGCCUGAGCCGACGUCCGCGACGGCGUCCGUCGCAAAGAGAGCCGCUUGCGGAAGAAGACGGGGGAGCGCGCGCCGUUCGGCGGACGGGGGCGGUGGGGGGGGGAAACUUGAAUCGGGAUUCUGGCCCAGGGAAAAGAAAAAAGGAAGCCUUAAAAGAGCCAGGAACCGUUUUAUCUUCGCGAGUUUGUGGUCACACAGCUGCUAUGUUCACGACGCGCGUGUGUCAUGCUGACGGCGCGCGUGAGAGAAGAGAGAUAGAGAGAGUCCAGGGCGGAUUGUUGUUUUAUAAUAUGGCGGCGGGCGCGUGGAUAAUAUAUAUUUUUUAAGUUUGCGAAUCAGGGCGACAAUGAUGACGACGACGACUGUGCGUGGCGGGGGAGGGAGGGGGUGUGUGGCGGUCCCCUCGUGUAUUUAAGCGCCGACGCGCACACUCGCUCGUCCGCCUCGUUUGCGUUUUCGUCGGUGAACUUUUUGCGACGCUCGCAGCGAAAUGUCGCGUUCGCCGCCCCCCCCCACACCGCCGCCCCCCCCCGCCCCGCCCCCCCCCCCAGCUGAACGAGACCCCCAGGCCAACGGACGUUGACCCCCGGGCCAACGGAUGUUGACCCGACCUCUCGCGACGACCAACCGGGAGGGGAAGGGCUACGGGAGGGACAUGGCUGACACCAUGAGGGAGCUCUCUUAAAACUCUCAAUUUCUGCUGUUGAGACUCAAAAGCUCCGAAAGCCUGGUUCAGAGUGUGUUUACCCAGGUGCUGCUGGAUAAUAAUUUACUCUACACGCGCGAUGUUGAUUCUAAAUAUGGGGAAAGAAGCGGAAACUGGAGGACCCGCAGGAAAAAAUCCACGCAACCACUCCAAUUCUACAGCAGGCGUCAGGGUCGGGAUCAAACCCACGACCUCCUGUAGACCAGGCGAGGUAGUUGACAUCUCCUAGCCACCGUGAUGAUGAGAGAGACGCAGAUGUCAAAUAUACAGCAGGCGUCAGGGUCGGGAUCAAACCCACAACCUCCUGUAUACCAGGCGAGGUAGUUGACAUCGCCUAGCCACCGUGAUGAUGAUGAUGAGAGAGACGCAGACUCCAAAUCUACAGCAGGCGUCAGGGUCGGGAUCAAACCCACGACAUCCUGUAUACCAUGCGAGGUAGUUAACAUCUCCUAGCCAACGCUUGCCAGGAGACGGCCGAUGCCGUUUGAGCUGCGGCUCAUGAUGCAGCUUGUGCUCCGAAUAGAAUAUUUAGGGUUGUAAGAAUUUCACUACUAACAACACCACCACCAAUACUACCACCGCCAGCAUCAUUACAAUUACCAGCACUGCAAUCAUCACCACCGCUACCACCACCCUCAACAUCACGACAACCACCAUCACUACUACCAUCAAUAACAUCAUCACCACCACUACCAUCAUCACGCCUGCUUCCACUACUAUGGACAUCACCGCUACUACCUCCACCAUCAUCACUACUACUCCCACCACUACCAUCGUCACCACUGCUACCAACAUCAUCGCCAUUACUACCUCCACCAUCAUCACUACUACUACCACCACUACCAUCAUCACCACCACUACCAACAUCAUCACCGCUACUACCUCCACCAUCAUCACUACUGCUACCACCACUACCAUCGUUACCACCGCUACCAACAUCAUCCCCAUUACUACCUCCACCAUCAUCACUACCAGCGCUACCGUCAUCACCACCAUAGCAAUUCGAUGCAUUGUCGGCCAUUCAGGGUCACGAUUCAACUCAAGAUCUCAGACGUUUUUUUAGUGUUGUGUCGUUUUGGUGAAUGUAGUCGCUGCAAGGGGCAUUUGAAUUCCGUCUGCCGGUGGUGAAACGGCGGCGGCGUUCCCAGCGUGGUGCGCUUCGAGUCCCAGGGUCACGUGGCCGCAGCCGACUCGUGAUUAAGAUCCAGGGUUAUGAAGCGGGGGGGGGGGGGGG